AUGUAUGAUAUGGUUCUCCAAAGAACAAAUCAAGAUACAAAAUUAUCCGUGAUGACUGUUAUUGAAAAUGGUUAUUAUUCACCUGACAGUAAUUAUGAUCAACAAAGACAAAUUUUAAAUGAAAUGAUUAGAAACUACGCUGAAAAUCAUCACGAUCAAAAUAGAAUAUGUCUUGUUGAUCUUGAUAAAAAUAUUAAGUAUCAUAGUAUUGAAGAUGUAAAUCAAAGAAACAUUAUUUGGGAUGAUUUUGUUCAUCUAACAGCAGAUGGCUAUGAUCAAAUGGCUAAAAUUAUUUUUCAAGAAAUUUAUAAAAAUAUAAACUAA